UGUAUGUGCCAUAAUGACGUUCCUCUCAUAAGCGCCUUUAACAAGACAGAGUGACGCACCUUGACAGGCUGAGACACCUUUACCUCCAAACGGGUUAGCAGCUCUGGAAGCAAAGGCUCCAUCAGAAACAACACCCAUACUGUGGCAAGGUGUGCUGCAGCGGCUCUCAUGAUGGCAGAACAUGGUGACCCUUGCACAGGGUCAGACAUGUCCUACUGCAUGAAUGGAGGAAAGUGCUUUAAAAUCCCCUCUGUCUCCACACCCAACUGUGUAUGCAACGAGCAUUAUAAAGGCAGCAGGUGUGAGCAGUUCCAACUGCUGAGCAUUUCGAACGACAAAGAGGAGACAGGCAUGAUCGCGGCUGUGAUCCUCCUCCUCCUCCUCCUCAUCCUGUUUGUGUUGGCCGGGAUCAUAUACUACGUUUACAGAAUGAAAAAGGCCACUGCCCAAAGCCAACCAAAACAUGGAGAACAGUACUGGAAAGUGCAGCAACGGGACACAAGGGGGUUACCAUGA